AUGUACAAGGCAAUGUCCGCUUCUCUAGAAGCCACCAACACUGUCAAGCACAUCUUUGAUCUCCUAACGGCAGCUCGAUCUCAUAAGAUCCCUGUCUUUUAUGGGCUGCACCAGCAGUACAACGCAGAGGCCUUUUACGGUUGGACCCAGAUGAAAGCACUUCACGAAUCUCAGAAGGCCGGAAAAGUCUUUGAAGAGGGUAGCUGGGGAGCUAAAAUUUACGAAGGCAUGGAGCCAAAUACAGAGAAUGGUGACUUGAUCUUCAGCAAGCAUUGGUCAAGCAGUUCUUUCCAAAACACUGAUUUGGAUUUUCUUCUCCGUCAGCGAACCAUUACCAAUGUUGUCAUCGCCGGACUUACCGCCAACGCCUGUGUCGAAUCGACCGCUAGAUACGCGUAUGAUCUUGGAUAUCAUGUCACGUUGCUAUCCGAUGCGACAGCUUCAUUUACCCAUGAGCAAAAACACGCAGCUACUGAAGUUGCAUGGCCGCUUUUUGCAUCAAAGGUGGUGACUGUGGAGGAGUACGUAGCUUCUUUGUAA